AUGUUGUUAAACCAAUUAUCAAAUAUUUGCGGAACAUCUUCUUUUUCAAAAAUUUCUAAUUUACUUAGAUAUGCUUCAACAAUUAAAAUAAAUACUUCAGAGUAUCCUUUGAUAAGAAAAGAUAAAAAUGUUGUAGAAACAUUACAUGGUAUUCAAAUAGCUGAUCCAUAUAGAUAUUUAGAAGAUCCUUUAAAUGAGGAAACAACUAAUUUUAUUAAAAAAUUAAAUGAUAUUUCAAGUAAAGUUUUUGAAAAGUCAAAUAUUAGAGGAAUUAUAAAAGAAAGAUUGAGGGAAUAUAUAAAUUAUGAAAAACAUGAUGUCUUAUUUAAACACGGUGAUUAUUACUAUUAUUCUCAUAAUACUGGUCUUCAAAAUCAUAAUACUAUUUGCCGGAAAAAAACUUUAGAUGAUAAAGAAGAAAUAUUUUUAGAUGUUAAUAAACUUUCAAAAGAUGGGUUAAUAUCAUGUAGUUCAAUGAAAUUUAGUAAUGAUGGUUCAAUUAUGGCUUAUGGUUUAUCUAUUAAUGGUAGUGAUUGGAAUACAAUAAAAUUUAAAACUUCUGAUAACAAAGAUGUUGAUGAUAUUUUAGAAAAAGUGAAACAUUCAAAUAGUGAUUUUCUUUUUAAUAAUACUGGUUUUAUUUACUCUACAUAUCCAAAUAGAAAAGAAUCAGAUACUGGGAGAACAGUCACAAAAAAUGAAUAUCAUUCUUUAUAUUAUCAUAAAAUGGGAACAUCUCAGAAGGAUGAUGUUUUAAUAGUUGACUAUCCACAAGAUAAAGAAGUAUUUACAUUUGGUUCUAUAUCAAAUGAUGAAAAAUAUUUAUUUGUUUACUUUAAUAAAGGAACAGAUCCAAAAAAUAUGAUUUAUUAUUAUGAUUUAUCAAAAAAUAUGGAUAAAACAUUUAAAGGAAAAAUAAAAUUAGAACCAUUAUUUGAUAAAGGUGAUGCUUCAUAUGAAAUAAUUGAUUCUAAUGAAAAUGAAGUUAUUGUAAAGACAGAUAAAAAUGCACCAUUAGGAAAAAUAAUUAAGGUAAAAUUUUCUGAAGCUCAUAAGGGUGAAAGUGCUUGGACAGUCUUAAUUGAUGAGUUAAAAGAAAGAAAAAUUUCAGAUGUUACAGUUGUUGGUAAAGAUUAUUUAUUAUUGAAUUGUUUAGAAAAUGUCAGAAGUUCUUUAUACAUGUAUAAUAAACAUACAGGUGAAAUGAUUCAAAAAUUUGAUAUUGACAUUGGUAUUGUUUAUCAGGUAUCUGGUGAUGAUAAAAGUAAUGAAUUUUUCUUUGGUUUUCUUAAUCAAAUUACUCCUGGAAUAAUUUAUAGAGGAUAUCUUGAUAAUUCAGAAAGUAAUAAUAAAUUUAAAAUAGAAAAAAUAAUAGAAAAUAAUUCAAAAAAUCUUAACAGUAAAGAUUUUUCUGUUAAGCAAGUUUUUUAUAAAAGUAAAGAUAACAAAGAUAUAUCAAUGUUUAUUUUCCAUAGAAAAGAUAUGAAAUUAGAUGGAAAUAAUCCUGUUCUACUUGAAGGUUAUGGUGGAUUUUCUAUUUCUAUGACUCCAUCUUUUUCUGUCUCAAAAUCAAUGUUUGUAAAACAUUUUAAUGGAAUUUCUUGUAUUGCCAAUAUUCGUGGUGGAGGAGAAUAUGGUGAGGAGUGGCAUAUUGAUGGUAUGCUUCAUAAAAAACAAAAUUGUUUUGAUGAUUUUAUUGGUGCUGCUGAGUAUUUAGUUUCAAAUAAAUAUACUAAUCCAUCAAAGUUAGCUAUUCGUGGUGGAUCUAAUGGUGGAUUGUUAAUGGCAGCUGUCUCACAACAACGUCCAGAUCUUUUUGGUGCUGUAAUCAAUAGUGUUGGUGUUCUUGACAUGCUCCGGUUUCAUAAAUUUACUGCUGGUGGAGCAUGGAUAGCAGAAUAUGGAAAUCCUGAAAUAAAAGAAGAUUUUGAUUAUUUAUUAAAAUAUUCACCACUUCAUAAUUUGGAAAUGCCUCCGGAACCAAUUCAAUGGCCUAAUACAUUAUUAAAGACUGCCGAUCAUGAUGAUAGAGUUGUUCCAUCUCAUACUUUAAAAUACAUAGCAACAUUAUACGAAGUUCUUCAAACAGGUAGUAAAUAUCAAACUAAUCCUGUAAUUGCAAAAAUAGAAAAAUCAUCUGGUCAUGGAAGUGGAAAACCAUUAUCAAAAGCUUUAGAUGAAAUUGUUGAUGAUUAUUCAUUCUUGCAACAAGUGUUAGAUAUUAAUUGGAAAAAUUAG